UUGGUAGUGGCGGCGGCGGCGGCGCGCGCGGUCCCGGCAAGGAGGGGAAGCCGGUGGCCGCGGCGGCGGAACGGGCGGAGGCUGCCGGUUUCGUAACCGUCGCUCCUCCUCGCUGGCUCGCGGGCUGCGAGGCCUGUGUCGGGUCGGGCCGCGCUGCGCGGGGCUGCUCGGAGUGGAGGCCGCCUGGGGGCGGGCGGGCCGGCGGCGCAGGUACAUGUGAAGAUUAUUUGGCAGUUUAGCGUGGAAACCAUUGAUCACCUUGUCCUCAUUUCUGCGUGUUCUGUGUUGGCAAGGGAGAGUGCCCAAAUGAGCAAGAUAUCACAGCAAAACAGUGCUCCAGGAGUGAACGGAAUAAGCGUUAUCCACACCCAGGCACAUGCCAGUGGCUUACAGCAGGUUCCUCAGCUGGUGCCCGCUGCCCCCGGGGGAGGAGGCAAAGCUGUGGCUCCCAGCAAGCAAAGCAAAAAGAGCUCGCCCAUGGAUCGAAACAGUGACGAGUACCGGCAGCGCCGAGAGAGGAACAACAUGGCUGUGAAGAAGAGCCGGUUGAAAAGCAAGCAGAAAGCACAGGAUACACUGCAGAGAGUGAAUCAGCUCAAAGAAGAGAACGAACGGUUGGAAGCAAAAAUUAAAUUGCUGACUAAGGAAUUAAGUGUAUUAAAAGAUUUGUUUCUUGAGCACGCACACAACCUUGCCGACAACGUGCAACCCAUUAGCACUGAAAAUACGACAGAUUCUGAUAGUGCAGGACAGUAGGCCUUACCCUUUCCAGACUUCACAACUUGUGGCUUGAACGUUGAGGAUGGGACCCCCACACACUCACACCAACGGCUGAAAGUUGUCUUGUUCCAUUACUCAAAGAUCCAUUGGAGGUUAUUUUCUAGGGUCCGUGCUGAAGAGUUGAUUAGCUAAAAAUGUUAGCCAUGUAAUUCAAAUAUCUGGUUUGAAAUGAUAAGGGUUUUUGUGGGGAUCAAAAAAACAUCAUUUUAAAGGUAUAUGGUAAAAAAAAUAUCCUGGCACCUUGUUGAUGUUCGUAAUAAAUCUUGACUUCCCAAGAAAUUCUUCUUGUUUAGGUUGGCAAAAAGGAAUGGGAAACUGGCAGGUUGUACAGAGUGGUUCUUGGCUUUAGCGGAUAUGGUUAAUUGGAUUAAAGAAUGCCAUCUAUGUUCAUCUAUUUGUGAUUUCAUUCUAAAUUAUGUAUUAUAAAUCCUUAGAGCUAUAGAAACCAAUCACUUUGCAAUUUGGAGUGAUUUUAGGUAUAGCGUAACCUUUGUUUUAGCAUAAUUAGGACUGUUUUCUGCAAAAAGUACAAGUUUUUGAAUUGUGAUGUCAGUUUAAGUAAAGAAACCCCAUCACAUCUUAAAGGCAGGGUGCAACCAAUUGAUUUAAAAGUACAAAUAACAUUUGGGAAGAAAAUAGGUUUUAUUAAAAAAUACAAGUAAGCAUAUUAGAAUUGUGUGUUUGGGUUAUUAGAUCGGCAUCAUUUUGUCCUAAAAAACUCAGUGAUUUAGAGAAACUUGUGUACCAGAAUUUGAGUUUCUGCAGAUGCUAGUAAAAUAAGCAUUGUUUUGAAUAACAUUUUCACAGUCAAUUUAGGAAACAAAAUGUCUUAACAGUUUGAUGACACAUGCUCCUUAUUAGGAUUUGGAAUAUCAGUUCAGCAUGUAGUUUCUCUUGUGUUCAAAAUAACUGCCAUGGGGCUGUGAGCUUUAAAGGCAAAAUUUCUUGUGAGGGAUCAUUUUGGUAUUUGAUCUUAAGCAAGCGAUUAUUAGAAAAGUGUAUCAACUCCAUGCCAUCUCCCAAAAUUAUUGUCUAAGAAAACUUGAACGUGUAAGGUUUUAAUCUUUAAUUUAUUUCACUUAAAUACAUCUUUUUGUAUUGUUUUUGUUACAUUUUUCUGGUUAGUGGACUGUUCUUCUAGACUUUAUAUGCCACUGCUUCUGCUUAUUCAUUUGUAUGCUUUUGUGUCCCAUAAAUUAUUUUAGAAAGAAAAUGCUGAUAAAACUCAGGAUUUUGACAUUUUUGUCGAGACUAAAACAUGGCAGUCACUAAUGUAGGGGAUCUCUAGAGUCUGGCUUAUGUUAGCGUUGGUAGUUUAGAUUGUCUUUGUCAACUUUUCCCGCUUUUUGUAGCACAAUUCUAGUUCAGAUUUGUUGGCUUUUGUGUAUUUCUUUGUGCCUGGGCUGGUGAGGAGACUUGAGUCAUAUCUGAUUAAAAAGUUUGUGUUACCAGGUAUCUCAUUUGGUCAUUUUGGCCACAUUGCUGUUCCAUAGUGGGACUUGGGAUAAUGUAACCAGAAUGUAACUCAAGUUGCACCCUUGGGUUGGUGGAAGAGUACUGACUGUGCUGUUCUCUCCUGGGCAGGAGAGGACAUCAUCGUGCCCUGCAACUCAGCAAAGCCAUUAUGAGGGUCCCGCGGCCCUUCUGAGUGUAAGACAGGAGCCCAGUGUUGUUCCAUGAGAUGCUGUCCCAUGAGGGUAAUUAACUCCCUGUAGAGCCAAGAAACAGGGUGGAGGUUUUUAUUAGAGUCCAAGACCAGUUUACUUUGGUUGGAAUAUUGAUCUACUCGUAAAGGUUGAUAGAUGUUUUGAAUAACUAACUAGGACAUACCCAUAAAAUCUUGUGAUCUUUAACAGCUGAUUGAUGUUAUGUAAUUAAUUGGAGAUGCAGUUAGGUCAGUUGAAUCUUUAAGCACCUAUAAUAGGUGCUACAGACAUUUUAAUCUCUUAUUUAUUAAAAAAUAUUUUUCAGAAAUUGAAAUCCCCAGGGAAUUUAUGGUUACAAGUUAUAUGAAUUAAGUAUCUUGAAAAAGAAGCUUUAGGGAGUCAUCAGGGGUGUGCACUCAAUAUUUCAAAUCAGAACACAAGAACUUCUGGAAAAAUUGAUUAAAGCUUUUCCUAUGCAAAUCAAAACUUUUAGCACAAGCAAGCAAUCGUGCAUGGAACAGAAAUGUUAACCAUUGUUUUGACUAUCUUACCGAACUGGUUGGGAAUGAAAGUUUUUAGUUUUAUAGAUUUAUCAGUAUAAAACCGAGGGGAAACCAAGUAUGGGGAAUGAGUAAGUUUAGAGCUUUGGGAAUUGUAAAGUGACUGUUGUAACUUUUGUUCUGUGUGUUGCGUAUGAACUAUUAGGAUUUGAUCUGCCUUUGCAGGCAGACCAGUGGUUUAGGAAUUAGGCUUUAGUGUAAAUUUCUAGCUGCAUCUGAGUCUCCUGGGAUGGGUGCUCUGGGCUGGUUUGGCUGCAGAUGGUGAAAGCAAAGCAGCUCUUCCUGCUGCUGGUCUCUGUCGGUUACUGGGAUGCUUUGGACGUUCUUACUAAGAAAUAGUAAGAUUUUCAUAGAAUUUGACCAGAGUUUUGAAAUUCAGGUCAUGAGUGUGAAAUUCUGAAAUUUACAUGAAAAAGUAGAAGUAUGUACAAUUUAAUAUUUGAUAUUUAAAAGAAAGGAAGUUGUAGCAGCUUUUGAUGUUUCUUAAUCCUCAUUAGAGGGCUUGUAACUUUGUACCUGCACAAACCAUUGAGCACUUAUAGUGCUUUUUGAUGCCUUAGAAAUAGGAAGUUUUUUUUGUUUGACAAAAGCUAGGAAGGAGAAAGUCCAUUCUACAGCUAUUAGAUCUGCCUCUCAGGAAAAAGUACUAACGUGUUCUUUUUGUUCCUGACUUUCCGUUCGUGAGAUUACUCUAUUUUUUUAAGUAUAAUUUUAUUUCUUUCAAUGAAUUUAAAAUAAAAAACAACCUUUGGAACAAUGA